AUGCGUCUCCUACUGCAAGGCCGCAACUGCAUCCCGCCUGGCGGAGAGGACGGUACCCGAUGGGCCUCACCUCACUCACAAACGCAUAGGGCGUUGCAGAACACAAGACCAACCACCGCCCAGCCCAGCCUGACCGAGCACCAACCUAACCUGACCCCGCGAGGAUGGCCUGGCCCCAUGGAAGCUCAAAAAAGAAAACGGAUGGCCCCAUGGUUGUGGGGUCGUCGCCGUGGCUUUUCCGCCUGCCUUUUUCCUGAACCCGGCCGCUCCGCCAGCUUUCCCGCCAUGUCGGGCUCCUCCUCCUGCCCCGCCGUUCUGGUUUUCUCUGUUCGCCUGGACGGACGGAGCAGUACUCUUCUACUACAUCGAGCUCCGUGUGGUGGCGUGUCUUUGCAUUGGCAGCUUGCCUGUGGCGUGCUGCCGCCGUUCGUUUGCCUGUUUGUUUGUUUUCAGCUAAGAAGCGUGACUGGCUACCUGAUGUCAGUGUGCACGCACUCGAGAGAGGGACUCGUUUCUUCUCCGAGCAAAAAAACAGAAGAUAAUUUCCGAUUUCCGAAAGAACAUACUCGUGCUACUACUAAUAGGCAUACACAUCACUGUCUUCUUUCGCGCGGAUAUGUGAGGUGUGUCUGGAAAGCGAGGAUCGGUUUUGCUAAAGCGUGA